AUGGAGAAGGACGGUGGUGAGGCAUUCUCCCAUCUCACCCAAGAUCUCUUCCCUUGUGAGGAGGCCUACCAAGCAGUCAAUGUGGCACUGGCUGUGUCCUGCGGUGACGAGGGCGCCCUCAAUCGAUUCAUCGGUGUGGUCUACGUCCUGGCACUCACCGUCCUCUUCAUCUGCUUCUUCUACUUCUCCCUCUUCAACCUCGCCUUCAUGCAGGCCAUCCAGAUUCAUCGAUUGUCGGCCUCGGAACUCGAAGACUCCAGCACCGACUUUGGGGACGACGACGACGAAAGCGAGGACGAAGAUUCCAUCUAA